AUGGAGCAUUAUGCUAGUCAAAUUGUCUCGUCAAAAAACUGUCGAACUGAUUUACAAGGCGAGAAUCCAAUCGCUACCCAGGCCUACGUGUCCUUCAACACUUAUCAAUUAUAUCAGACUGUGGGAUGCUCGAAAAACAAUUCAGGUUCUUAUUGUUAUGUCGAAGCACUCGAUAAAAAACUUGGUCUUGGGAUUUUUUAUUUACCAAGUGGAACACAAUUAACGACCUCAAAAGAACAACUUCCUUGCUCGGAAUGCAACAAAAAAAUCCUAAACACCUAUUCAGAAUACGCGGGUGAUUCGGCGCUCCCACUCUCUCAAACAUUCUCACCUGUUAGAACUUAUUUUAACGAUUUCUGCGGCUCGGAUUUCGUGAAUGAAGCGAGUGCUGUUCAUAGUACUAGCGCAGUAGCUAUCACCAGUGACGCGUCUUCGUUGUUCACACGUGGUAUUAUAAUACGAUCACGAUAUACUAAUAAACUUAUACAAAUGUCAAUAACUAUACCGGGAAUUAGUAUGUUAACGACUAUGAUGACCUCUAUUUUUCUGAUUAUUUGGUCUUUAUCUCCAUCUUGA